AUGCUCCUUCAUCCGCAUCAGCUCAGGCUGACGUGGAUCAGCCCCGGACUGAUGAUAUAUAACUUUUACCGGAACAAAAGCAGAAAACAAAGCCUGUAUGGACAGCAGGUUUUAAAGUGCUCCCGUAUUGUGGGGCAGCGCCCCCCAAACCAGGGCCCCUGGUCAGGCAGUUCCGGGGCCACGUGCUCACACGCCACGCAGCCGGCUCUGGGAGAGGAGCCUCUGGCCAAUAGGUGGCGCCAGCGCUCAACCGCAGACCGGCCAGGAGCCCAGCGGCCCACCCAGGCACCGGGCAUUCAGCCACGGCCCGCCAUGGGCACAGGAGUCAGAGCCCAGACCCGAACCCCGCCUCACUCUUCCCACCACACUCCCCGCCCCUCCCAGGGACACGCCCCCCGAGCCUCCACGGAGCCUUCGCCCGUGGCCACCGCCCCAGCCGAGCUCCGGUGGCGCCCCGGAAUCAUUCUUCACUUCCGUAUAGAAAGGCGCCCACCCUCAGCUCACCCGCGGUCAAAGGGCUGCACGCCCGCGUCUCAAAAAGCAAGAAAGCCUCUCCAGACUUCCGGUGCGCCCCUCACGCGCGCGUUCCCCGUGUGCCCUCAGGCGCGCGUGCUGAGCAGGGCGGCGACCGUGUCCCAGUCUCCUCACGCGCCGGGCCUCGUCGCCGGGGCGGCGGCCGGAGCGCCCGACGCGGCGGACUGUGCCGCGUCCCGUCGCUAG